AUGAGAAUUCUUAACACGCCCCUCAUCCCCGAGCAAAUGGAGUCCGCCGACCGGUCUCCCUCGCCCGAGUUUUCGCCCUUGGCCAUCGGCGAGGAUCUCACACCGCUCCCCGCCUACAAGGUCGCUCAAACGUCGUCCUACAACAUUUGUGGUCUUCUUUCGACUCCCCUCAAAUUACAUGAAGACCUCGCUUCAGGAUGUGGCGGUCAGACCUGGCCGGCAGGCAUGGUGCUUACCAAACAUAUGCUGCGGUACCAUCGGGCAGCUCUGAAAGGAGCGAGAAUACUGGAGUUGGGUGCUGGCGGUGGACUCGUUGGUCUCGCUGUCGCUUUGGGUUGUGAACUUCAGCAGACACCGCUGUACCUUACAGACCAGGACGAAAUGUUCGAGCUGAUGGGCAGAAACACCGAGUUGAACAACCUCCAAAACAAGGUUAAACCGUUUGUCCUGAACUGCUGGUGCCAGGGCGGUGGCUACAUGCAUAGUGGCCAUCGCAUUCUUCGAAAACCACGAGCGAUUCACUACUGCGCUGCAGAAAUGCAGUGGGAGUUAAAGCUCAGGCGGGCUCAGGGCGGGCCGUUGGCACAAGACGUCGUCGAUUUCAAGCCAAACGUCAUCUUGGCAGCUGAUUGCGUCUACUUUGAGCCGGCCUUCCCGCUGUUGCUGGAGACUCUGACAAACUUGUUGUCCCUGGAGCCCGAUGCGACGGUCUAUUUCUGCUUCAAGAAGAGACGACGUGCAGAUAUGCAAUUCCUCAAGAAGGCCCAAAAGACGUUCCAAGUGACGGAGAUUAUUGACGACGAUCGGCCAAUAUUUAGCAGGGAGGGCCUAUUCCUCUACACCUUCACGAGUAAGAAGCCGACAACGAGCGGCAAUCGACAAUAA